AUAUACAUGUACAUAUGCAUAUAUCUCCCUCGGCUAUAUAUACAACACACACAAGUACAUUCAUGAAGUAUUCACCAAUCCGAACCAUAUUCUCUUCCAUUCACCCUCCAAAUCUCUCUCUAUCUUGUACGUAGACAAACAUGGGUGCGACCGAACGGCGUCUUCCCCAGCCGAUAUCGAAGUGCCACGUGGACAGUCGGUCGAGCCAGACGGUGGCGGCAGAUCUCGACGGGACACUUCUGGUCUCGAGAAGUGCUUUCCCUUACUACUUCCUCGUAGCCCUCGAGGCCGGGAGCUUGAUCCGCGCGUGCAUCCUACUCGCGUCCGUACCGUUCGUGUACUUCACGUACCUCUUCCUGUCCGAACCCUUCGCCAUCAACGUCUUCGUCUUCAUCACCUUCGCCGGCCUCAGGAGCCGAGACGUCGAGCUCGUGGCUCAGUCCGUACUGCCCAGGUUCUACGCCGAGGACGUACGCCCCGACACGUGGCGCGUUUUCAACGCCUUCGGGAAACGCUACGUCGUCACGGCGAGUCCACGUGUUAUGGUCGAGCCCUUCGUCAAGACGUUCCUCGGGGUCGAUAAGGUCCUCGGGACCGAGCUCCACGUCAGCAAGUCGGGUCGGUUCACCGGGUUCGCGACCCGACCCGGCGUUCUCGUGGGUCAACGCAAACGCGACGCCGUUUUGAAGGAGUUUGGCGGCUGCGGCGCGUUUCCCGAUUUGGGUCUGGGCGACAGUGAGACUGACCACGAUUUCAUGUCCCUUUGCAAGGAGGCUUACAUGGUGCCACGUACGAAAUGCGAGCCAUUACAAAGGAACAAGCUAUUGAGCCCUAUAAUAUUCCACGAGGGAAGAUUAGUGCAAAGACCGACGCCGUUAGUUGCUCUGUUAACUCUCCUUUGGCUACCCUUAGGUUUACUCAUCUCUCUCGUCCGAGUCUUCACGAAUAUUCCGUUACCCGAACGUGUGGCACGUCUAAACUACAAACUCCUCGGCAUCAACGUAGUGGUCAAGGGCCAUCCUCCUCCUCCACCUAGGCCCGGUCAGCCCGGAGUGCUGUUAGUAUGCAACCAUCGAACCGUUCUUGACCCGGUUAUUGUCGGUAUAGCCCUCGGCCGGAAGAUAAGCUGUGUCACGUAUAGCAUUAGCAAGUUUACCGAGCUCAUUUCCCCCAUCAAGGCCGUGGCUUUGUCUCGGGAACGCGAUAAGGAUGCCGAGCAUAUCAAGAGAUUGCUUGAGGAUGGCGAUCUGGUAAUUUGUCCGGAAGGGACGACGUGUCGAGAACCGUUCCUCCUACGGUUCAGCGCAAUGUUUGCGGAGCUGACGGACAGGAUCGUGCCGGUAGCAAUCAACACGAAGCAAACCAUGUUCCAUGGGACGACCGUACGAGGUCACAAGCUAUUCGACCCUUACUUUGUGUUCAUGAACCCUAUUCCGACAUUCGAGAUCACCUUCCUCAACCAGCUUCCGACCGAGCUGACGUGUAAAGGCGGCGGAAAAUCGGCCAUCGAGGUCGCGAAUUAUAUACAGAGGGUUUUGGCCGGAACCCUAGGGUUUGAGUGCACCAACUUCACUCGUAAGGACAAGUACGCUACGCUUGCCGGUACGGACGGUCGGGUUCCGACAAAGAAGGAGAAGGCGUGAUAUCUUCGAAUAGAUCGGUCGUAAAUGUUUAAUUGAGGGGAGGGAAAAAAAAGAACUCGCAAGUUGGUUGGAUUUUUUAUUUUAAGAUUUGAAUGAGAUGAAAAUGGUGGUAAAUCUGAUUGUUUUUAGUUAACGCUGAGUGUUUGUAAUAUUGUUAAGUUUUAUUUGCA